UCUCAAGUGAGGUCAGCAGGAGGAAUUUAUCUAAGCAGUGUGCACAGCGACAGUGGAAGAUGCACAGAGUCAGCCAGCCAGAAUCAGGGAGACAUCCAUGGGAAUUGACAGAAGCUACCAGCUCUUGCUUAGCUUUACUGCAUAACUGGGAUUGGUUUACAACUGAGGCUACAGCUUUUAGAACGACAGAGUCUUCAAAUUAAAACUCUCUCUGAAAGGAAACAAAACCUCUGACAACUCCUGUCAUCACCCAGAGCACAUUGACAUCCUGCAUAACAUUUAAUGAACUGGAUUAUGAUGUCCCUUGUCAGACUAUGGUCUCAAGAGGAUGGAGCAGCCAACGCAGACCGUCGCUGAGGACUAAAGAGAGUCAUCAUCUCCUAAUAUUAUCACAGGUCUUUUUCAGACCGCUCUUCAGCUUCAGCCAACCCCAACCAGCUUCACAAAGUCUCCUCUACAACCACCCAACAGGCUCAACAGUCCCACUAGGAAUACCUGCUGUGAGAACAGGGACCCGGAGGUCACAACACAAGUGUUACAAGUCAGGGAUCAGAGGGUCGCUGGGCUGAGGGAGAGCACACAGAUCUCACAUUUAAGUAUGUUGUUCAUUGAUCCCCACUGCAUUGUAUUAUAAUGCGCAAAUGGAUGCUGACAUGGAACCUUCAAAAUCUGUUCUCGGGACUGUACCUCCAUGCAAUCUUCUUGUUCGGCAGUGUGUGUGUGGUCUACAGUGACUGCACGCCAGAGCAACUUGCCGCCAUCAUGAACUGCUCCAAACACGAGCGCCACACCAGGAACUACGACUAUAUGGAGGGAGGAGAUGUGCGCAUCCGACAGCUGUUCAGCCGCACGCAGUGGUUCCUAACAAUUGAUGACUUUGGCAACAUCACUGGGACUCAAGAUCCCACCAACUGCAACAGUAUCCUGGAGAUCAGGACAGUGUCUGAGGGGGGCGUACUGGCUAUCAAAGGUGUGAAGAGCCAGCAUUAUAUCUCUAUGACGAAGGCUGGACAGCUGCAAGGCAAGAGGAUCUACAAUGAAAACUGCAACUUCAAGGAGGUUUUCCUAGAAAACUAUUUCAAUGCUUACUCCUCUGCCAAGUGGACUAAAAAUGGCAAAGCAAUGUUCAUAGCUCUGUCUCAGAAGGGAAGGCCGAUGCGAGGGAGGAAGACCAGGAGGGAGCACAUAGCAUCUCACUUCAUCCCUAUGAAGUGCAAGGAGGAAGAGAGGAGGGUGGACUGAAAACGCAGAGGACUAAUGAGUCACAAAUUGUGUAUGAUUUCAAUCACAUAUUAUAUAUGUUAACAUACACUAAACUCAUUACCAACAUCACGCUCCACUCCAUUAGUUCUGUAACGUUCCAUAACAAGUUGUAAUUUUCAUAAGAUAAAGCAACAGAUAUCAGAUGGGCACAUUCGACUAUUCCAAACAUCCUCAAACAAGAUGUUGAGACAAGGAAAUAUUUGAAAUAGCUUCAACUGGUACACAAACUUAAAAACCACUAAAGUCUACUCGGUGUUAUUGUUAUUUUGAGUUGAAUAUUAUAUUUCCUUAUAAAACAGUUCAGUGUUUUCUUAUAAAACAGUAAAAUGUAUUACACACAGUCAGGACUGUAUCCUUUUCCAAAGAUGAUCUGCACCCAGCCAGAUGACCAGACCUGCAUGAUCAACCGAAAGGUCCAGAAUGGAGAUGUGGCUUGACCAAGAUGUGCUGAAGCAAGCUGGACUUGUCUUUCGUUUUUCUUUUUUUACUGGUACAAGUGCUCAGAGUACACAAAUCAGAGGCACAAUAAACCACAAAAGCAUGUUCAGUAAAAUUAGAGUAUGUAGGACAAUCUGUUAACCUGUUUCGAUCUCUCUUUCCUUCCUGCGUUGAAGACCAGACUCUGGUCGAAUGCAUUGUAGCUGCUCACUGAUUCCCUCUUCAUUAUCAUGGUGUGAUUUUGAAAUGCUAAAAUAUUCUGCUGCUGUUGAAAAGAUAUCCCGAAUAAAAUACAAAGUGAACAACAAAAUCAAUGUGAAUGCUAUGCAAUCUCUUUUCAUCAGAGUUAAUAACGCCGUACACCAAUUGUUGCAUUGUUCUACCUUUGGUUUCUAAUGGGGGUAUAAAGGACUCCAUGACAGACUCACACAAACUAUGUGUGAACUACGUCUAUUGGUUAACACGUAAAACAAUCAAUUGCCUACUUUACACAUCCAGUAGAAAGAGAGAAACACAGACACAUUUUUUACGUCUUUUUUACAUUUUUUGGAGAAAUAUCUGUCACUUCUUGACUUGCAAAAUGUUCGAAUCUCUAUCAGCAAACCAUUAUUUCACACAAGACACCUGGCAAUGUACAACACACGUCUGCGAGCAGAGAGCACUGUUGUUUUUUAGCAGAUUUGGCAGUACAAGCAACAAUUUCUCAUUCUAGGAAGGCAAUUGCUUCAAUGUUUAUGUGAAAAAUAUUGCUUCAUGCAACUUUGGGAAGAAACUCUGCAUAUGAACCAUGUCUUUAUUCUGCCACGUAUGACACUAUGAAGCUGAGCGGUGAGCUCUGGACUGAGAUGAAGAGAGAAUUGUAUUCUGCUGACACACUGUGAUACAAAUUCAACACACCCUCAAUUACUCAAUAAAUCCAAUUUGGGAAAUAAACAUGU